UUUGCAUUAUACUUAUUAUAUAAUUGAGCUUCUUAGCUCAAUAAAGUAUUAAAAUCAUGCUUACUGUAGCCAUUUCUCACAAACCAAAUCAAAACAAAACGAGUCCGGAAGGAAAACAUAACAAUAGAGGUUUUCAAAUUGACAAGAAAAAAAUAUUAUUUUUCUUAUUGUGAAUAUUUUCUUUAUAAUAUCCAACGACGUCUCGGUGUCGUUAAAACAUAAUUCAAACAAAACGUUUUACUUCGACCAAACUAAUUAGUAAUAAUACCGCCUCACGUACUCAAAGUCAAGAAACCUCUGCAUAUUUCCUGUUACACGGUUUUUAUAUAAAAAAAAAAAAAUUAUUAACAGUUAAUUUGAUAUCAAUAGGAAAGAUUGAGUGGAUAUCUGAGGAUAACCAUUUUUAUAGUACAUAUUCAGUUCCUUGCUUAGAAAUUGAGGCAAAUUCAUCGCAUCUACCUUCUUUCCAAUGCCAUUGAGUUUUGAGGGAACGUUCAAAGCAAAAAGGAACGUCAAUUUAGGCGGAAAACGAAAUACAAAUGAUCGUGGUGAACUCAUAAGAAAGGCUGCUAUUGAGCGUAAAAAUCGGGAGGAGAAACGAAGAACAGAAUCUGUAUCUAUUCAUUUACAAUCUUUAUCUCGUGGACUUCUUUGCAGGGAAAGAUUAAAGAAUGAAUUCCGCUCACAAUGGUACGAAACCUAUCUAGUAGGUGGUGCGCAAAAGCUGGUGUUGUUGGAUUUGGACAAAUUGCAAGAAUGUAUUCAGAAAUUUGUUAUUUUUGCUGAUCCUCAGUUGGAUUUUGCAGCUUUUCGGAGCAUAACCAGUGAGUUGCUUAGUUCUAUGCAUCUUGAUGCACCCCCCAAUGAUUUAUUGAAAUGUGACUCAAAUGAACUGAAUAAUAAGGUUGAACUAUCAGAUUUGUCGAUGUUUUAUACUGCCAAGUCAAAAAUUUUUGCAUUGGGUUUUCCAUGGGUAUGGCAACGAUUUACCACCCUUUGUUUGAAGUCAUUCAAAAAGGCGCUGCAAACGAAUGAAAAUGCUAAAGAGGAUUCCGAUUUAUAUCUCUUUUUAAAAACUUUAGGAUAUUUUUCUGACUUUCUGGAACUUCAUGAAAUACCUGAUUACUAUGAAUGUUUAAUGACCUUUUACGAAUUUUACCACCGUAGAAAAGAAUUUUUAGAAUUUAAGAGUUCAUUUGUCUUUUCUCUUUUCAAUCCUCUUGAUGAAACAAAAAGUGCUUUCAAUAAUAUUCAAGAAUAUUUUAUCUUCAAUGUUUUUACACGCCCCUCCUAUGAGUUUUUGCUUAAUGAUGUUUCAUCAAAUUUGGCUGUUUCAAAAGUAUUUCCAUCUGUGUCAUUUUCGGAAGAUGAAGAUAUGAUGUCUAAACUACUAAGCUUGGACACUUCGAAAUUGUUUUGCAUGGGAGGCGCUUGCCUUCAUUUGCUGCAUACAGAGGUUGAAUCUUCAUUUUUAUGGUUUUUUUCCUCAUUAAUUUUGGAUUCACUUUAUACGCAUUCUGAAAAUUCUGUCAUUAAUCGUUUAAAUGCUCCUAUGGACUUGGGCGAAGACGAUGACGAGGAUGAGGAAUAUUCGUUUGUGCAAGAUUAUUAUGUUCACUUACAACUUGUUGCUAAACAGUUUAGAAGUUUAUUAUGCUCACAAAUUCUCAGCGUGCAACGGGCUUUUGCUGAGGCUUUAUCAUCCAACUUCAUAACCAAGGUAUUCUCGGAGAUUACAAGCAACACUAUACUAAAUAUAUCACAUUUCUACUCAUCUAUACUGAAAUUAUUUCCUUCAAACCGUACUUCAAUAUUGAUGUACGUAUCCUUAAUUGACCAGGUGCGAGUGGAACCGAGCAUGUCAUUUGUGCAGUAUUCCUGGAACAUAUUCACAAAAUCUCCUGUAUUUCCAUUAUUUUCAAAGAAGGUCGAUGUCAAGAGUAUAUUACAAACCGAUUCAGCUCAUUGGUAUCAGCUUCAGUUCCUACUUGACGUUUAUUCUCGAAUGUUGUUUACAAUGAUUGACGAAGAAUUUCAUAGCGUUAAGUAUAAUCCUCUGUAUAAUGUGCGAGAAGAAUUAUGUAUCCUUUUGAAAAAUUUUGUUUUGGGCUUAUAUUGGGAUGUUAACGCGUCGAAAGAAGUGAAUGAUAACUCAUUGGUAGAUGUAACUCAACUUAGGGUUUCUUCAACAUCUCUACUUCAAAGACUUUUUCGGAUUAAUUACCGGAAACCAUACGUGCAGGAGAAUAUGUUCAUGAUGGAAGAGUAUUUCAACUUGAGUGAAUUCGAAGCAGGAGCGUUACAAGAGGCUCAGUCUGCUUCCAAUAUGGAUGCAGAUCUAUCUUCAGGCAUGAAGGUCGAUAAUUACAAUGAAUUAAGACCAAAACUGAACAUCUUGAACAACUGCUCCUUCUUUUUGCCUUUUCGGUUCCGUAUUCACUUACUUCAACAACUUAUAACAAUGGAUAAGCAGGCAAAUGGAUUUAUACAGCCGUUUGGUCAUUUAAAGCACGCAGUCAUUCGACGAAACCGAAUAUUCGACGAUGGUUUUGAUGCUUUCUUUAAUCUAGGAAAAAUGUUUAAAGGAACAAUCCGAAUCACGUUCGUGGAUGAACAUGGCGUAGUGGAAGAAGGAAUAGACGGAGGUGGAUUGACGAAGGAGUUUCUAACAAGUAUCUGCAAAACUGUUUUUGAUAUCAAUUAUGGUUUAUUUAGCGAAACGAAGGCUCAUCUGUUGUACCCUAACACUCAUGGAUAUGCACAAGAUAUUGAGCGACUACGUUGCUAUGAAUUCUUAGGGAUGCUCAUCGGCAAGUGUAUAUAUGAAGGAAUUCAAAUAGACGCCGCGUUUGCUGCAUUCUUCGUUUCAAAGUGGCUCGGCCAUCCUAGUUAUUUUGACGAUUUAACAAGUCUGGAUAACAACUUGUACGAGGGGUUAAUAUUUCUUAAAAAUUAUGACGGUGAUGUGGAAAACGAUUUGGCCCUCAACUUUACAGUUGUACAUGAAGAAUUCGGCGUUCGCAACGUCAUUGAAUUAAUUCCCAAUGGUGGAAACGUGGCAGUUACAAAUGACAACCGGUUGCAGUACAUUCAUUUAAUUUCUAAUUAUUAUCUGAAUGCGCGACUAUCGAAGCAAUGCCGGGCCUUUACCAACGGGUUUACUCAAAUUAUAGAUCCGCACUGGCUGGCUAUGUUCCAUGAAAAUGAAAUUCAAGUUUUGGUAGGAGGAGAUCCUGUACCUAUUGAUGUAAAUGACCUGAAAAAGAAUACGGUUUAUGCAGGGGGUUACGAGUUGAAGUCUCCGACUAUACAAAUGUUUUGGGAGGUGCUUCGGGAGCUUGAUGAAGAAGACAAGCGUAAUUUCGUAAAGUUUGUUACGAGCGUUGCUCGACCACCAAUCUUGGGAUUCAAAGCUCUUAUGCCAGCGUUCUGCAUUCGGACGAAUGGCGAAGACGAAUCCAGGCUUCCCACUGCAAGCACAUGUGUAAACUUGUUGAAAUUACCUAUUUAUACGUCUAAACAGACAUUAAAAGAAAAACUACUUGUAUCUGUUCGGUCUGGUGGUGGUUUUGGAUUCAGUUGAAUAUAUUAUGUUCACUCACUUGCAAAUUUAUAAAGGUAUUUUUGCUUUCCAUGAACUUUUCUCAUCUCCAUCUAUGGAUAACUAGAUAUGGAUGAGUGAUGAUGAUAAAGUUCCUACUUAUGAGGUGGUCAUUUCAUUUCCCAGUUUACAUACCUACCUAGAUUGAAAUGAAUUUACUUAUAAAACAUUACUAUUAAUUAUAAUGAUUUACUCUCA